GGUAGAUCGGUAGGCCGCAUACAGCUAUGAGUUGCGCUUAACUAUAACUGUAACAGUAGGUGGGUGCGCUAUAUUACUACCAACGACUACCAACGACCGGUAUGGAGACGCCGUGAUUCGCCCAUGUCGAUGAUUUGCUACAUCGAUAUCUAACAGCCGGCCAAGAACUUGACGAACCAGGAUGUCGGAUUCAGGGUCCCCCCUCGUCUAGUUUACAGCAGGCUGAGCAUCAACUUGAAUGGCUAGAAAAUGGCUAGAAAUAUACUAGGUAGGAUAGAGCCCCAAAUAGUGUAUGAGGGUGGGGGAGGAUAAAUACAAGGGUUGAAGAAAAGGAAGGUGAGCGCAUGAAAAGUGCCGUCAUGAUGGAACCAAACUUCGAUCUAAUUAAUUUCUUCCUUCGCGCAACAUACCUACCUACAUAGUGCAUCUCAUCAACGUCCCUUACCCCUUACCUAUAACGAUACCCUGGGUUGUGAGAACCUGUGUUUGUAUGCAUGUCAUGUUACGAUCUAGUCCGGUUUAGUCCAUCUUACGCAUUUUGAUCUUCGGUAUCGGUAUUCCUACUGCAGUUCUCUAGUCCAUGCUCAAGCGCUCUCGGUUGCGUCUCGACAGUCGGUGAUGGCCAUCGACGCCGAGGAGCUUCUUAUCCAACCUUUCCGAGAAGUUGUAGAGCGGGGCAAGGAAGCCGUCGCUAAUGCCGAGGCAGCGGCCGGCAGCCGUGACGAUGAAGACGAAGACGGCGCCGAUCCGUCAAACGGACGAAAUGUGACGGAUAUGCUCAAAGCAGCACGCUCACUGGUUAAAGAAGGCGAACGAGCUUUGAAGAGACUCCUGCCACUAUGGCAAGAACGCGUCGACAAACACGGCGAUACGUUCACGGAGGCUAUGCGACAGAAUGAUCGGAUUCUCGAUAACCAAAGACGGUUAGAAGAUUUACUAUACGACUUGGAUGAUUUCGUCGAGGUUGAUUCAUUCGACUCCGAAAAGUUCGCAGAUGUGCAAGCGUCGUCCAAGGCAUUUGCUCUAACUCUUAUGGAAACUAUGAAGAGACUACAUAUAGAAGAAAACGUGCGGGAAACACCGUCCCCUCCGCCGUGGAUACAGCCGUUAUCUUCACGAGAUUCGAAUAGCAAGGGCCGUAGCAACGGCGGAUCUAUUACCACUAUGAGGCACAGCGAUAAUGCCGGCAUGAGUGGCGCCAGCACACCGUCUAGGCGACCGUCUAGUCCCGAUAUACUAGGGGCAGAGCGCGAUUUCAUCAGUCUUAUAUCCGGCCCUCCGAGUGCACCACCUCCAAACCCGAGGACGUCGGCCUGGGUUAGCGAACAGACUACCGCUGCUAAAUCGUGGUCUCGCAGUAAUUCAAUCCCAGAAGACGAAUACUUCGUAGGGCAACCUGUCAUCUUUAAUAGCCUCGACAGCCUUACUAUACACGGCCAAGAGUUAUCCGUACCGCCUAAUGCACCUAAAAGCCCGGAUACUUCAUAUAGUAGGAUAUCGUGGUACACUACUACUGGUAGUUACGCCUCGGGCCCCAGAUCAUCCGUAUACGUCCCCACGAGCGACCAGAGAACCACCUCGCUUGCGAAGUCCAUAACAGACCCCCCUGGAACCCACGGACCGAUCGAAGUUGAGCUACCGCGAUUGCCGAGUCCACCGGCUUACGAAGAUGGCCUCAUACCUGCAGAGGAACUUUUUGCGGCAAGAAAGGACUCGUUCUCUGGCUAUCAGAUCGGAUUAGACAGCAGCCUUUAUAUACAUAAGGGCUUAUGCGCGGGUUCGCAGACGUAUCGAUUUAAGGGGCGCAAGGCUGCAACCAAAGCCGUAAUGGAAUACGGAACUAGACGAAGUACCGCCCGGUGCACAGAAUGCGAGUUCGCGCAAUCCCUAUUGGAAGUAGAGCUCGACGACGCUCUUGACCCGAGUGCCAAUUUUAGCAAAUCCGGCGUCUUGUAUCGUCUUCGGUUUCUAUAUAAAUCCCACAUGGCCUCGGAUUCAGCAUUUGUGGUGCGAUUCGCCUGCCUCUUCUGCGCAGAAAAGGGGCAAACCGUCUAUGCCGACGAUGCCACGAUAUUUACAACUCAAGACCAAUUGUUUCAACACUUGUCGCGCCAUCCACAGCCUUUGCCGGAGAUCCCUGGGAUCACGAUCCUGUAUGGCGAAGUACCCAAAAACGACCCUACUGUUGAAGAUUACGACCUUCACUUCCCCAACCCUCCGGUAGCUAGCCUGCUUCCAGACACAACGACUCUAUCCAAGUUACCAUCUGCAAGAGCUGUAAAAAGCCAUAUUAGACGGUAUGGACGUGAUCUAACGGAUCCCGAUGGAAAUUUGGACCGAGUAAUGAAGUUUAUGGAAGGCGCCCGGAUCGUGGGCGUCGAAUUUCCAGAGAAUUGGAAGGGAAAAUGGUGUACCGGGUGGCACGAUGGUCAAUGGGGAUCCUUCCCUACGAAGUAUAUCAUCCUCGAACUGCCCGCAAAUCUUCCAGGCUCGAAUACGUGUACCGACGGCAUGUUAGUUACGACACGGUGGAAAUUCGAGGUGAAGGAUCCGUCAUCAGGAUGGUUGCAAUUUGAUAAAGACGAAACUUUGUCCAAUGUUUCCUGGCUUAACCAGGACGACUGGUGCUGGUACGGAACGAAGAAGAAUGGUAAGGGAGGGCUUUUCCCACGAUUCUUCGUAAAGCAAGAGUCGCUAAGAAGUGGUGGGAUUCGGAACGGAGAAGAGGAUGAAGACACUUUACCCAAGGCUAAGAAACCGGGAAGCUUUGCGUUACCUACCAUAAAGAUGCGUAGAAUGACCAUUGGUAGUAGUUCAUCUUAAUAUGUGUGCAGACAAUGGUGAUCCGCGGAGGAACUGCCGAAGAGGCGAUACGUUAACUUACAAUACCCUCUACGUUAGGAAGUAUUUACUUGUAGGCACUCGGAGUUGUAGGAGUUCGGGAUGGUAGGGGAGGUAUGUUGCCAUUACGCUCGGGGCUAUUAACUUGCUAUAUGGGAGGUUUAUGGAAGGUUCAUAUACUAGGCAUAUAGAGGCAUUUAGCUGCUAUAACAAUGCUUUUACAUAUGUA